UGACACUUUUAGUUAAACGAAAACUAAAAUCAAAGAAAAUCCCAAGAAUGACAAAACGAAAUUUGAUUCUUUUGACACAUAAAACCACUUUGUAUUCCAAUAUAAAUUGGAGUCUGGCAGUCGAUGCAAUUGUUUCCAAAACUAAAUCCAGAUUGACACAAAAGAAAAUCCAGUGCGAGGAAUGUUCGCAUCUUUAGAAACAAUCUCAGCAAUGCACAUCCCCUCUGCUUCAGAUGCCGUAGUAUUUCGGUAUUAGAGACUCGCGGGGACAACUUUGGAAGCCAUCCAGUUGGAAUCACGCGCCGCGAACGCGCAAACGCCGUUUAUCGAUCGUUAAAAAAUAUCGCGAAACAAAAAUAGAUCGUCACAAUAUUUUACAUACUUUGUUUUUCCUAGCGAUCAGAAAAUCUGUGAUAAUGUUUUUUUUACAAAUCCAAAAUUUUCAUUUUUAAAUUUAUUUGAGUUUUUUUUAGUGUUGUGCUAUUUUAGAAACGAUGGUUAAAUAGACAUAAGCGAAAUUAAAAUACAACAGUAACAGUGAACAGUGGACUUUUGAUGCAGAGUGCAAACAAACAAUAAAACUCCACCUAUUUCGAGCACUCCAAGCAUAAAACGAGCAAACCGAUGCUCAUAAACAAAAUGGCCACUAACCGGCACGCAACUUCGUUUAUAAAUCACAAUAUGUUUAUUUGUAUAUUCAUCUCGCUCCUAUUGCCGAUGGCGAACGAAGGUGCUGCGAAUGUGUACGGAGAUAGCCGAAAUUUUCCGAAUGACGAUGGAGGGAAGCGAUUAACUAGGGAAUACCACCUUAGGCAAGGCGCUCUGAGGGGCCUGAUUGUGAAACCAAGCCGGCAAUACGAUCUGCAGUAUGUGGAGAUGUUUCUCGGCAUACCGUAUGCAGCGCCCCCUACCGGACACCUCAGAUUUAUGCCACCAGUCAGUGCCCCUCCAUGGCCGGGCAUGAAGAUGGCCACACGAUUUGCCCCCGUGUGCCCCCAAUCAUUACCCCACAUCAAGAAGGGGAACCCGCCGUCUUCGGGGCGACAACACUACUUGAACCAGUUGAAGACAUUCCUCACCAAUGAGUCUGAAGACUGCUUGUAUUUGAACAUUUACGUUCCAUAUCGAGAACAAAAGACGAAGAAGUUUCCCGUGCUAGUGUUUAUCCACGGCGACUCUUUCGAGUGGAGUUCCGGGAACCCAUACGAUGGCAGAAUGUUGACAUCCUACGGGAAUGUCAUGGUCAUCACUGUCAACUUCAGAUUGGGAAUUCUUGGUUUCAUGAAACCAAGUCUAACAGAGCAUGUUUACGGCAACAAUGGUCUGUUAGAUCAAUUAGCGGCGCUACAGUGGAUCAAAGAUAACAUUGAAGAUCUGAACGGGGAUCCGAACUCUGUAACUUUGAUGGGCCAUGGAACUGGAGCUGCUUGCGUUAACUUUCUGAUGCUGUCUCCUAUUUCCAACGGCCUAUUUCACCGAGCGAUUUUAAUGUCAGGGUCGGCGUUGUCAGACUGGGCGAUGACAAAAGAUCCGACACCCUACACGUUACAAGUCGCACAGAGUUUAGGAUGCAACCCUACCUCCAAGAACAUGAUGGCCUGUUUGCAAAAGAAACCAUUGUCAGAAAUAAAGAAGGUGCAGAUACUGGCUAGAGAGUUCGAGACUCCGUUGGGACCAGUAGUCGCGGGUUCGUUCAUACCAAGUGAACCAGCGAAAACUAUGGAGUCGUACCCCAACCUAUUGAGCAAGUAUCAGCUUCUAAGUGGAGUCACAGAAAUGGAGAGGUACCACGACUUUGGUGUCAUUGAACUAGAGCAUGGAGUCCUGGAGAACCAGAGAGAUGACUUCAUUAAGAAGUUCGCUAAAAUCAUCUUUGAAGGCGCUGAGGAUGAAGCUUUGAAGGCAAUAUUGAAAGAAUACUCCCCAUCUAAACUAGACCCUCAGCGCUGGAAUGUGGAGACCAACCGGGACGUCAUACUGAACAUGUUCAGCGAUGCUCGCACAUUGGCCCCUGUCAUCCGCUUCGCCAACUACCAGUCCAAGGCCAACAGGCAGUCCUAUUUCUAUGUCUUUGGCCAUAACUCCAUCAGCUCUGAUUAUGCUGCUCUAAACAAAAGUGUCCAAGGUCAAGAACUGCCGUACGUGUUCGGGGUCCCGCUGGGGUCAACGAACACACACUUCAGCCCAGACUACACACAGCAGGAGAAGUUAUUAAGCGAGGUCAUUAUGAGGAUGUGGACCAAUUUCGUGAAAUAUGGAUCUCCCAACUCACAAGCACCGGUAAAAUUUUUCAAUAUGGAUAAAAGACAGUGGAGCCUUUACGACAUGGACUGGCCAGAAUAUGAGGGGAUCCGACAAUCGUAUUUGAAGUUCGAUCUUCCACCAGAAGUUGAUACAUCGUAUCGGACCAACUUCACCAACUUUUGGAUUGAGACUUUGCCUCAAAAGAUGAGCAGAUAUGUAGUUGAUCCGCUGUUUGAGUAUACUCCUUCACCUACUACACAAAAGUCUAAAGUAACGCACAGGAUCACAGAUCCAGUUCGAAGAAUAUGGACACCUCAAGUUGAGACCCCACAUUAUUCUUCAUCAUCUUCAAUAUACGGAAGAUUACGUCCAUAUUCUCAACCUGUGCACAGACCAGAUCACAACGUUAUAUUCAAAGAAAUUAAGUCUAUUGUGAAACCUUCCCAUCCCGUUCCUCCGGGAUUAAUGGAAAAAACCACAACUUUUACAACCACGCCUAAACCAAAAGUCAACAUGGCAGUUAAAACAUCCAGCGCAACUAUAACGCUAAUAGUCUCGUUAGGGAUUCUGUUUCUCGCCGUCAACGCCGGAAUUUGCUCUAUAUUGUAUUUCAAAAAACGUAAGCUCAGAAUACGGGAGCAAACACUCGAGAGUUCUCAUCAGCCGCGCGCCGAAAUAGGCGAAGUGGAUGUAAUCGGUCAAAAGAGCUCUAAGGAAGACAAAAGCGCUUUGCAAACUUUAAAAAACGGAUGCAGCGUCAUCAAGUCGAUGAGUUUUAAUAAAAUGAAAAGCAAUUCGAAAAAAUAUAAGAAGAAAUCCGAUCCUUGUAAAACUCCUAAAUCUGAUGACUCGGGCGGGUUUAGAGAGAGAUUUAAGCUCCGACGGCAUUUAUCAACCAGUACAUUAGAUGCUCAUACUAAAGUACGAGACUGGAUAGCCAAUGAAAUGAUGCAUCGCUGUUCUCCUGGUAUACUUCGUAAAUCUAACUCGGACUUAAAUGAAAAACAUAUGACCGUCGUUAAACCUUUCACGAGAUCGGAGGAACUUCUUUCAGAAUCGAAGAAAAAGAAGGACGACCUUAAAAUAAAUGACAGUGUAAAUUCAAAAAGUUUUGCUUCUAAAACUUACAGCAGGACUAAGACAUCCGAAAAAACGACGUCGACAUCAGCACUGGGAUCCCACUCAUCUAUAGGAAGUAAUAAACAGUCUUUCAACAGUAUUAAACAUACCAGUAAAUCAAACGAUUCCAUUAAAAGUAAAGCAACUGAAAGUAUUAAGUCUAAAAAAGUAUCGGUUGCAAUAGACGCGACCCCUGCCGCCCGAACGCACUCCAUUUUGAAUCAAGAACCAAUCGAAAUAACAAAAUCUUUCGAUUCUGGUGAUGAACUACAUUCCAAUAAAAUUCAAAAUGCUAGUGAAACUGAUUUCAAGAAUACUAACGAUUUUGAACCUAAGAAGGACGAAAAAACUUUUACUAACGUAGUAACUCUUUCAGUUCAACAUAAACCAUUGAUGAUAUCUCACAAACAUUCCUCAUCUGAUCCAGUAACCGAUGUAAAUUAUGAUAAACUAUUAGAAAAGAUGGAGUGUGCUAACCUUGCAAACAUUCUGCCACCUGUUACAUUUCGAAACGAUGUAAAUGUUACGUCACGAGAAGAAAACUCGCAAACAAAUCCGCUGUCUGCUGAAGAAGCGCUUUUGACGAUUAAAAAAAGAAACUUUCCUAAAGUUCUACCAGAUUUACCAAAAGCUCAAAAGCGAUUGUCACUACAGCCAACUUCACUUCAAUCUUUUCGUGGAUAUUCUUCAAUUGAUAGUCAGAAUGAUCGCCCAAGAGUACCGCCUCAACCACCUCCAAGAACAACAACUUUGGAAAGACGUCUUGCCUACAAAAAUACAAAGCCUUUAUCCUCAUUUGAUUCAUCAAACAUAAAGAAAAUAAAUGAAGAUGCUUGUGUUAAAAAUUAUGAAAAUAUUGACACGUUAUCUCCUUAUAAUGACGUAACACGCAAUAUUUCUUUUGAACGAAAUAAAAUUGAGCCAAACACGGUAUUGUUGAAGGACAGAGAGUUCCCAAGAGUAAUAAUAGCAUCUAGCGACAUUCCUGCAUCUCAAGAACCGAAGAUAGUCAUAACACCUUCGCCCAGUCAAGUAGAAAUACCAAAAAAUGUUACACGAGUUCGUUUGCCUGAUGAUUUUCAUACUCAAACUGGCUCUGUUACAUCGUUUUCGUCAUUCUGCUCUGAUGACGAUGAUGAUGAUGAUGACAUUGACGAAGAGUUUGAAGAUAAACUAAUUCAAGAAUUAGUUGGAGGUGUUGACUCACCAACAAAUAUGGACGACGUUUUAGACUCUAAGGGGCCGGACAAUAUUUUUGAAAAGAAAUUAGAAAUAGUACCUGUUAAAAUAAACCCCGGUAUUUUAGUUCCUAAAGCGAAAGAGGAUUAUGUGUGUAUAAGUGAUUUAUUUUUGCCAGAAAUUACGGACUUGGAAAGAACGGCCCAAAUAAAACCGAACUUCGGUUUAAAUAAACUUCAGCAUAGAACUGAAAGUAUUCACAGACCUCCUGAAAAGGCUGUUAAAGUUAAGCAAAGAAAAAGUAUGAGAACACCUUCGAUUUUGAAUAGGAGUUCAAAAAACAAGAGAGCUAGUGAUAAAAGCAAACUUGAUUCAAUGAAAUUAGAACAUUCUAAUUCAGGUUCGUCGAAUGAUACUGAAACGAGUACAGGGACCGUGAAAAAGGUCGAACUAAAAAAGGGUUGACUUUCAAAGGAAAAGCGAAAAUGUAAGUUUUCAUGAAAGUGUUAGUGAAUAUUAAAUGAUAAUUUCAUUUGUAUACUGUUUGUACAAAAAUGUAGGAACAGUAUGAUCUCUGUAGGUGUAAUGAAAUAUUUUACUUCAAUAAUACAUACUUAGUUAUAAGGCUUAUGAUGUAAACGUGAAAGUAUAUCUUUGCAAUCCGGAACGACAGUUUCAGGCAUAAAUACAAAUUGCCAGAUGAAACAUUGAAGUCAUUUCAAAAUAUGUACGAACUACAUAAUUUAUGUACGUAGUUAUAUUUCAUGAUUGCAUUGCGAUACAGAAAAUAGAUAGUCCUUUAGUGUUAAUUGAAGCAAUGAAAUAUAAUUAUUGCCUUUGUAAGUAAAGAGACCCAGAAAAAAUAUUAGAUGUAGCAUUUAAUGGUAGGUCUCUAUAUAGAUACGUGUUAUUAAUGUAUUUUUAAUGUUUUACAUUUAAGGCAUUUGUAAGAUAGAACCUACUUAGUGGGAUAGUGGAUUUUAAACCAGAAUGUACCUAAGAUAAGUUUUUCCAAAAAUAAAAAAACUUAAUGAAAAAUCAGACCAAUUGCAUGCCAAAGUACCAUUUAUGUAAAUAUGCAUUUUGAAAAUA